AUGCAGUUGUAUAGAGGUCGACGGAUUUCCUCCCUCCUUCUGUCAAGAGAACAGAGUCGAAAGGAAUUCCUAACAAAUGAUCCAUCAGUGUGGUAUGAAACAGAGGUCCGUCUACUUUCACCAUUAUUGCAAGCCACCUUCAAUAAAUCUUCUAUCGAUUUGGACACCGAACAGUUCCUUGGUGACUCCUUUGCCAUCAGCGGUUCAUUCUGUUUGCAAAUUUACUAUGCAUUUAUGUCAUCUAUCUUGUCGUCCUUCCUUUCAAAAACUAGCAUUAAUGGCCUCCUGAACCGUGGGAAAAUGUUUUUGUUUUCGACAAAUCAGCUUCGAGAGUUUCUAAAUAUUCCCGCCGAGUGGACUCCUGUUGGCAAGAAGCUUCUUGACCUUGGCGCUGGAGAUGGUGGAAUAACAAAGAAAUUUUCGCCAUUGUUCGGCACUAUCUAUACAACAGAGAUGUCGCAAGUAAUGCAAUGGCGCCUGAGGCAGCAAAAUUUUAAUGAAGAAGAUGUCGAGAAGUGGUUUUCUUCGUCUCGUCAGUAUGAUCUCAUUUCCGUCCUUAAUCUCUUAGAUAGACACUACAAUCCAAGGAAGCUGCUUUUAGAUCUGCAUGCUACUGCAUUGCACUCAAACUGUCAUGUUCUUAUGGCAGUUGUUCUGCCUCUUCAUCAGUACGUAGAAUUCCGGCCUUCUAGCACCAAUUUCCCACGUAAUACUAGGCUGAAAGUCGAGGGAAAAACCUUUGAAGAGCAUGCCUCAUCAUUAGUGGAGAACGAGUUUAUUCCGGCUGGAUUUGAAGUCGUUAAGUGGACAAAGCUCCCAUACCUUUGCGAAGGAGAUCUUUAUAAGCCUUUCUAUAUUCUCUAUGAUGCGCUGUUCCUCUUGCGAGCGGUUCCCACGAAUACACAAAGUGUUUUGAGCCGGGACGAUUCCGUAAACGUACACAGCGAAUUGUAA